AUGGCCGCCCGCGUCGUGGGGAGCGAUCCUGUCGGAGGGGAGCGAAGAAAGAGCUGCGACUUGUGCUGCUCGAGGAAAAGGCGCUGCGAUGGAGACGGCAUCAACCCUUGUACCCUGUGCGCGACCAAGGGCGUGACCUGCGCCUACAGCAAGAAGGGCAGAAGGGGUCCUAAGCCGAAACCUAAACGUGGUCGUGAGGGUGAAGGCAUGUUCCUGUUCGGCGGCGAGACGGAGCGGGGACGGGUCGGGGAAGGGGAUAUUCGGAGUAUGCUGGACUGGGGGGGGCAGCAGCAGCAGCAGCAGCAGCAGAAGGAAGGGGCGCACCCCCGGCUAAAGAUGGCGCGGAUGACGGACGGCGACGUGGUGAGGCUUACACCGUCGCACGGGACGGGGACGCUAGGCCUGGAGGAGAACCGCCACCUCAACGCCUUCUUCAGUGGCUUCGGGUCCUGCACCCAGAUCGUGCAAGAGGACGAAAUCCGGGGAGCGAUGAUCCACGUCCUGAGCGAUGGCCAAUUCGGCAUGCCCAGCGUCGAUGGCGAGUCCUUCUACUCUCCCUCCACGGACUCUUCCUCUGCGGGGGGUACGAGCACCCGCAGGGGUAUCGGCGUUGGGGAAGAGCCAAGCCUCAAGCUCAUCCGACUGGAAGAGGGAGGGCUGGGCAUUGCGGCCGGGACUCCCGCGGGCGCGGGCGGGGGCGAGAGCGAGAAGGACCUGAAGCAGCGGGCGCAGCGGGCGAGGCUCUCGGCGGGGGUGGCGUGCCUGUGGGCCGGGAUAGGGGUUGGUGCAAUGCUGUGCGGCCAGACGGCGGAGGCGACCUCGGGCUACGCGGAGAACGCCAGGGAGGCCAUCAAGGGGUGCUACGACGUCGUUUCGGAGGAGGUACUGAGGGCGUUCUUGUGCCUGGCACACAUGCACUCCUUCCGGGAAGACUUCACCAAGUUCUUCCGCUACACGGCCAUGGCCAACGAUGUCGCGGCUUCUUUGGACCGACAGCAGCAGGGGUGCUCGGAACCGGCGAAAUUUCUCCUAAAGUGCUUCGAUGCCAUGAGCCAUUUCUUGGAGCUCGAAGGAGAGGAAAGCAACUCGCCAAUAGAGGGAAUUAUCGCUCCACCGCUGGCUCACGGCGCCUCCAGCAGCGGCGGCGGUAGCGGUAGCGGUAGCCGGCGAAGCGGCGGGACGGGCGCGGGGUCAAUCUCCGACGCCGCCGCCGCGGCAGCCGCAGCCGCAGCCGACGACGAGAUGGGUCGGACCGGCGGCAGAGCGAGAGCAGGCGCCCGAAUUGCCGAGGACAACGGGAGUGGUGGCAUGGGCGGGGGCGGCGGCGACGAUUGGCGAUCCAGGAGCGAGGAGAAGACGGCGGGGGGGGGAGGGGACGGGAAGGAUAGCCCGGGGGCCGCGGCGGCGGCGGCGGGGUGCAAGGAGAAGGAGAACGAGCCGCGAAUGCUGUCGCAGAACGAACUCUCUACCCUCAAGGAGAAGGCCAUCUUGGCGGGAGCUUUGCGGUCCAACCCGUCAGCGUUAGCCUACGAGGAGUUCCCCGGCCUCAAGAGCGCGGUGCGCGUCCAGGAGUGCAUCAGCGUCCUCGGAGACAACCCCGUGGCGAAACAUCUCGGAAACUUCGCCCUCUCCUCCGCCGCUGCCAAGGAGGGCCAAGGCCGAGGUGCAGGCGGCAGCGGCAGGGGGGGGGAGGCGAAGCAGCAGGAGGGCGACGGCGGCGGCGCCAUCAUGCCCGCGGGCGAGGGCGGCGCGGGCAGCGGGAGCGGGAGCGGCGGCGGUAGCUCCUUUGAGGCCGGCGGCGGCGGCCUCAAGUUUCCGCCUUUGAAGACGAACCAGGUGUUGUUCGUGGGAGACACGCGGAUCUUGGAGGUGUCGAUGGGCGUGGACUGCUCCUGCAUCAGCGUGAUGUGCAAGGCGGUGGCGGGCAAGCCCUGGGCGGAGAUCAAGGAGGACGCGCGGAUCGUGGCCAAUACGGCGGACGCUAUUCUGGUCCCGGUGUUGGCCUCCCCGAGUAUCUCGCGGUCCGUCUGCGCCGUGAAGCUCCUGGCGAACUCCGCGUUCUCGCACCUCUGCCUGGGCAACGCCGAAUACGCGAUGAGGGCCGUCCGUCGGUUCUCCGCCAUCCUCAAGGAGUUCCCCGGUAUCGUCAGGUUUCCGCCGUGGAGGCACUGCUUUCACUGGAUGGCGGGGAUGCUGGAGUCUGCCGGGCUUCGCGACCUGUACGAUGGCUUGAGAGACGGUCUCGCCACCAUCAACAUGAAGAGCAUGAGAAAUCUGCCGGAGUUUGGGAAGGGGGCCCACGACAUCAUGUGCAAGUGCUCGCACUUCCGCUGCCAGGCGACACAUCGGGCUCUCGCGGAGCACGCCAAGCUCGACCCGUUCGGUUUCUUCCACAUCCCGCACCACUGCCCGCAGUUCGGACCCGCGGCGGAAGCGGCUGCGGCGAGCGGUGGCAAGUCGACGACCUUCCGUGCUGUUCGCGAGGCGUCGGAGUGGGCCGCGAAGCUGAGCACCGUUGAUUCGCGAAGCUCCGGCGGCGGCGGCGGCGGCGGCCGGGGGGGCAUCACCAGCGGUGCCGCCGCUGCCACCGCCGUCGCCCCCCCCCGGCGAGACACAGCAGCCUCCAAGGCCUCCGCCGCCGCUGCUCCUGCGGCAGCGGCAGCGGCGGCGGCAGCACCAGCGGUGGUCAUGCCUAGACUGCCCCCGAGACCACCGUCAGCGGCAGCCGCCGCCUCUGCUGCGAGGUUAACGGCUCCACCGGCGGUGGCCAGACCGACCUGCGCCGCGCGGCCGGCGAGGACGGCGGCUCCGUCGAUGGCGGCGCCGAGGAUGCCGAUGCCGGCGGCGGCGGCGGUGGUGCAAGCCGUCUCGUCCCUCAAGGGUGGCGGUGGCGGUGGCGGUGGCGGCAGCGGCAGUGGGGGCAUGUCGCAGAGAGAGAUGAUGUUCGGCGGUGUCGGGGGGGCGGGCGGGGCUGCGGCGGUGGCCGACAGGCCCAUGGCGCGGACGACGUCGGCGGCGACGGUGGCGGCGGCGGUGGCGAUGAAGGGAGCACGGGGAGGCGCAGCUCCUCGGCUUGUGCCUUUGGAGGAGGAGCAGCGCUGGCGAACCAUGCCCGGCGUGGGCGGCCAGAGCCACCCAUUAGGGGUAGGCGCGGCCUUGCCUUCCUUUGACGCGUUUUCGGGCGCCGGCGGCGAAGGGGUCAACCUGUCCGCCGUCCCGGGCGGCGUCCCCGGCCUACCGCCGGGCAUCAACGCCGCCGCCGCCGCCGCCACCGUCGCCAGCUGCUUCAUGGGGAACCACGGCGGCCGCGGUGUCGGUGGUGGCGGCGGCGGGGCCGGAGUCGCGCCGCCGCCCGUGCGGGCCGUGAGUUGUGGCGCGGCAUGGGGCGGCGGCGGCGGCGGCGCGGCCAUGUCGAGCGGGUUUGUUGGCGGCCGCGCCGGGGCGGGCGCGGGGGCGGCGGGCUCGGGUCUUGCGACUUACGGCCACUCCGACCAGCAGCUGUGGGACGCGGUGUUGGGGGGAGGGCCGAACGGCAACCUUGAGAUGAACGGCGCCGCUGGGGAGCAAGAAGAUGCACCGGACUUCGAAGAGUUUGCUCCUGAGAUUGACUUGAUGAUUACCGAUGGAACCAAGGCUGGAUGACGUCCCUCGAAAAGGCCAAAAGAAGAAGGCAAAAAGUGUAUUGUAAGAGACGGCAUCCUCCUAUAAAACAGCGUGGCGUUGGCAUCGGAACGCUGGCGUUGGUUGUUUAUUGUUGUUAUCGAUUCGUAGGGGGAACAGCCUGUUCUGAUUGUUUCGGUAUCCUAGACUUUUGUGGUUGAGAGAGCGGGGCGGCCUGCGCACGGUACGCAGCAGCAGCAGCAUCAGCAGCAUCAGCAGCAGCAGCAGCAUCCGGUCGCUGUUGAUGAAUCGUGGUUGCUUGCUCGGUGGGAGCGUUCGUUGGCUAAUGGGUGCGCCGUGUUAGUUUGUUUGACGAUUGAGAGCGCCCCGCGGGAGGGUAAGCAAGGCUCAUGCGAAGCCGCGAAGCGGCGCCUACAUGCGUGUGUGUGCGCGCGUUCGCUCGCUGACAAUUCUGUAGCCAGGCGAGACGCAUUUUUUUUUUCGCCUGGCUCGGUUGUGAGACCCCUCAAGGGUAUACUGCCAUCGGAAUAGGCCCCGGUUGGUAUCUGCGCCCUUCGGUUAUUAGAUGGAUGGAUUUGUUUUUGGAAUUGGCCUUCACGUUUAGUUGGGCUUCGCAUUGCGGUGUCGGUGGGUGCCAUAUAUUUUUCUUGGAAUGUAUAUUGCGGUAGGGAUAGGUUGGGAGCCAGAUUUUUUUUUCCACAUGGCCUGCAUGCGCGGUGGGGUUUUUACGUUGUGUGUGGUCUUUUUACUAUCGUGGUCUGCUUUUGGUCUUCCUCCUCAUUCGCUGACAAGAUUUGCUGGAUAUUUUAGAUGGUU